AUGAGUGUGGCAGCCGCGCGCAAGCAGCUUUUCGAGUGGAACGAUGAGAGCACGAUUCUCGUCGGGCAUGCACUAGAGAAUGCCCUUCGGCCGGUGGGAAUAAGACAUACUAAAUUGAGCACGCAUAAUGGCGUGAAUGUGAUGAAUGUGAUUGAUACGCAAAUCCUGGCGAGGAACGAGGUGAGGAAGGUGAUUGCGAUUCAGCCGAAGUGGAAGGACGGAGAGCCGCCUAGCGGAUUGUCAAAAUUGCAGCAUUUAUCGAAGAGUCUGUGUGGGCACAUCAUUCAAGCGGAUUUAGUCAAGGGCCAUGAUUGUGUGGAGGAUGUGUAUGUGGCCAGGGAGGUGUUGUUGGUGAUUAAUGACAGCCGUCAGAAGUUGGAGGAUUGGGCCACGGAGUACGUGCGUCAGUCUAGGAUUAGAAUUGUCGGGCCAGUGGUAAUGUAG